AUGGCGGCGACGGUGUGCGGUUCGCCACUGUACAUGGCGCCGGAAAUUUUGCAACACCAAAAGUACGACUCCCGGGCGGACCUGUGGUCGGUCGGCGCCAUUCUUUUCGAGUGCUUCGUCGGGAAAACGCCUUUCACGGGGCCGAAUCCGUAUCAGAAGCGAAAAAUUCUUAUAUUUGCACCGUACAAGAUCAAGAUGAACACAGCUGGAAAAUCAACAUUUUGUGAUGCAACUUGAAUCUCAUGGCUACGUGUCGUCGUCGUCGUGUAAAGUACGGAACAAGAAUAAAGCAAGAAUUUUUUGCAAAUCCAUACUCCGAUGCAGCUCCUGGCCAACAUCGAGCAGGCGAACGGGCCCGCGUUCCCGGAAAGCUGCAGAUUGAGCGACAACGGGAAGAAAUUUUUGUCGCUCUUGCUGGAAAAGGAUCCCGCGAAGCGACUGCCGGCCAACGCGUUCAUGCACCACGAGUACGUCGCGGGGGACUUGGAUUUAUCAAAUGCAAAAAUGUCCGCGUCUGGAAGAAUGCAAGACUUGUCAUGCAAACUUUACAUGACCCAUGACGGCUGUAAUGCAUAACCUAGCAUCACAGAUUUUUAGAGGGCUUCCUGAUGCCUCUUCCGCAUGAGAAAUACCGUCUCCAUGUGGGACAAAGUGAACUCUUCUUGCUGGUCAUGCAAUACAGAUUUUUUUUUAGAAUGCAGAGACAGCAUCACAAAUUGCAUUCUUCCACACCCAGACAUAUUAGCAUUUGAUAGGAUUUGAAAGAGUGCAAAUUUUCCGUCAAGGAAUUGUCCGACGGAGAAUUGUAUCCAGUGCAAAAGUAUCGUACUCGUAGUAAUUGCAGCUACGCAUUACAAAUCUUUUUCUUAAGGUCAUUCAGCACUACAAACUCGAGUUCUCAUGCUGAGGAAAUUUGUAAUGCAAUUCAUACUACCCUAGUACGAUGCUUUUGCAAUUCAUAAAUUGUACGUCGGGGUGGAGAAAGCAGAUGACGAAGAAGGAGGCUCCGCCUCGAAAAACGGAAACUAUUCCAUGCAACAAGCGCAUCGUAGAAAGCACUAUAUUGAAAAAGUACAAGUACUUAGAUUGACGAUCUUGAUGCGAUUUUACAUGACAGCAUGCAUUCGCACACCGCUCGGGUACCGCAUUACAAAUACAGUUCUUGAUUCAGACUACUUUGAAACGAUGCUUGGUUUGCAAUGCAUACUUCUGACGGACAAAAUUCAAACAUCACAAGUGGUGGGAUCGGAAACCUGUCGUUUGUCAUGGUCAGCCAGGAACAGGAGAAAGAAAACUUCGAGCGGGGUGAAGAAGCGGCUGCUCUUCAACAACAUCUUGCAGGAACAACUCCGGAGAAGAAACUCGCCACCGCUGCUGAUCCUGCCACUACUAGUACAACCGAAGCUUUGGGGCUGAAGGAUAAAAAGAAAAACGAAGCACCACCAGCGCCCUCAGUUCAUCCUGAAGAGAUAGAGGAGCUAAAGUCCUCCACGAAGAUUAAACACGACGACCACACGCAGAGCAGUCGUGCGCCACCAGUACAGCCGCCCCUGGACGAAAUCCGGUUGCCGAGUCCCGUGAAAACGAAAUCAGGAGAUGUUGACCUCCACGGUGGGAGUGGAACUACAUCUUCUAACAGUACUGCAGAGGAGUUGAAAAUCUUCUCCCCUGCGUCUAGGGUCGUGGAACCCCGGGGGAAGCCGGAACCUGCUCGGGAACUAACCGGUCAAGGAGUGGUAGAGCUCAAUACGUCGGAUCAAAGAACCUCCUCAUCAUCUCCAAAAAAGCCGCUUAUCGAAGAAGUAUCGUCCACAGCGCAGCUGCGACACGGGUCUACUACACCUGGGAUGAUGGAAGGAGUAGAAUCGCGAGGACCAUUGCAGCGCCCCCAGGAAGCAGUAGAUCUCGGCACAACCGCCAAAGUAAAACCAGAUCCUGUACAGGGAAGUAAUACCCCAAGCGAACCAAAGAUUGCUGUUACUGACUUCCAGCUAGAAGUUCCGCCCGCACUGACGACGGCACCAAAAAAUGCGUCACGAUGCAACGAAGAACAAGCCACUAGUACAGCGACCCCACUGACACUCCCAACUUCGACUCCAGCCGCAGGAGUGGCCCCGAUGGCCCCGCCACCUUCUUUCCCCUCGUUCCAGGACCAACGGCGCGUCGCGGAGCAGUUUGCCUUUUUGGCAGAGAAAUACGCGGAAUCGCACCAGCCCGCCGAGAGCGCGUGCUGUCUGGUAGAGUGCUGCAGCUUAUUGGAGCAGCUGAAGGAACGGAGCCAGCACAGUCUGGCAUCAUCUGCUCCAAAUGGAAACAUGCUGAUUUCCCCCUGCUCCCCCCGCGACUCUACUAGUACCAACACCACGGAUCUAGCAAAGCAGAAAGCGCUCCAGUUGUUUCAGAAAAAGUAUCCAAAUUUGGAGUCGCUUUCCCUCCAGCGUCACCACCCGGGAAAGCUGUUGACGAAGUACGCCCUGAAAGCCUCGACGGAUCUGUGCAAAAAUAGCAACUCGGGUAUAGUACACUACAACGCUUCGAGUCGAAACAACAGCAAGAGUGGCGGAGGAGGAGGCGGUGGUGGUUACCAGCAGCAGAUGACAGGGUUCUCAAACAACAUCAAACCCGGCACGGAGAUCAUGAACAAGUUCCAGCUAGCGGCGAAGCUGGAAAGCAAUUUAUUGCUGUUAAAAUUUGUGAAGCACCACUACUUAGUGGAACACGAGAAUUAUAGCGAGGGAGGUACUGCUCCUGGCGUGGGCGAAAUCAACUUGGCGAAGUGCUGCACACAGCUCGAGCAACUCAUACUGCACACGAAGGCACAAAUUUGACGUUUUGUAUACGUGUUUUGGAGACGUCAAUGCUGACGCCAAAGACAAAGUUGGCGACAUUUUGCUAUAUUUUUUCUAUCGGAUUUACACGAAAACCAAGAUUUUAAGUUUUGGAGCCGAUUUGAGUUUAAGUAUAUGAAGCACGAAGCGUACAGG